CAACAUCUUCUUCCUGCUGAAGCAGUAAGCACUCAACCAAAAAACCAAUUGCGUAAACACUUUCCCUUGAAUACAGAGAUCACAUUCGAUCAGCGAGCUGAUUUCUCACAAGGGAUAUCAAAAUUUCUGGUGAAGUGGGAUUGUAAAAUUCGGCGUUGAAAGAUAUAUAAAGAGUGGAAGGUUCUGGAGUCGUUUCAAUUCAUGGAUGAUGGUACUCCUAAGAAGCUAAACAUAUUACCUGAUCACUUUAGUGCUCCUAGUCCCACAGCAGAAUCUUCUCAGCACGAUACUCCAUCAUCUUCGCAGCCAAAGGACGAUAGUUCUCUGAGGCCUUAUAGCCAGUCACGGACUCGCAGAAACCUGAAAAGAGCAGCAACUAUGUUGAAUUUGUUCACUCUUCGCCGUCUGCCUUGGGUUUCAGAUGGUCAAGAGAAGGUCGAGCUAUCAGCAGCGGAGUUAGAAUCACUUAGAUCAGAACUUUCUGAUAUGGAAGAAAGAGAAGCUUACCUCAAAGCCCAGUUGGAACAUGUGGAUGAAGUCUUGCGCUCUGCCCGUUUAUCUGGUUAUUUGUUUAUCAGAAGUCGUUGGGCAGCUCUUCCGGGUGAACCACCACCAAUAGAUGAUACAGAAGUAGACGACUGGCUUCCUCGGUUUGUCGUCCUUCAAGGCCCUUGUCUUUUCUUCUAUUUAUUGUCAACAGACUUGAGCCCUCAAGAUUCGACAUUGCUAGCAGAUAUUGUUGAAAUUGGUUCGGUACCAAGCUACACGAGAGAAUUCGAUGAAACCCAUUAUUGCUUUUACAUAUUAACCCGUCAAGGUCUAAGAUUUGAGUGCUCAAGCACCUCUAAAACACAGGUUGAUUCGUGGUUGUCGGUUUUGCGCCUUGAUUGCAAGUCUGAACCAGAAGAAAGAUCUGCUUCUAGAGCAGCCAGGUCUCUUCUUUCUUCAGCCAAGAAUGCUCGUUUCUUCUCCGAAGGCCGAGCCAUUGGUGCAGCAAGUGUGGUGCAUGCGACUGGAAAAGUCCCUCAGUAUGCAUCCAACUUUGGAAAAUCGGGUUCUGGCUUCGUCUCUAAUAGCUGGAUCACCGGACUCCUUGCUCUUCCUGCUGCAGCCUUCAUGCUCCAAGAUCAGGAAGCACUUGCUGCAGAGAUGGAACGCACUUUCAUCGCUAUCAAACCUGAUGGAGUGCAGCGAGGACUGAUAUCAGAAAUCAUUACACGGUUCGAACGCAAAGGAUACAAGCUUGUUGGCAUUAAAGUCAUGGUUCCUUCAAAGGGUUUCGCGCAGAAGCAUUACCAUGAUCUAAAGGAGAGACCUUUCUUCAACGGCUUGUGUAACUUCCUUAGCUCAGGCCCUGUUGUUGCCAUGGUAUGGGAAGGUGAAGGAGUGAUUAGAUACGGACGUAAACUGAUUGGAGCCACUGAUCCUCAGAAAUCAGAACCUGGAACUAUCCGAGGCGAUCUCGCUGUUGUUGUUGGAAGGAACAUUAUACAUGGAAGCGAUGGACCAGAGACAGCUAAAGACGAGAUCAGCUUGUGGUUUAAGCCUGAAGAACUCGUUUCUUACACUAGUAACGCUGAGAAGUGGAUCUACGGCCAGAACUGAACUAUUCCCUCUUUCUCCCUUAUUUUCAACCGUUAGAUCAGACAUAAAUAAUUACUUCUUUUGUUUUUUCUUUUACCCAAACACUGAAAACGUACCGGGAAUAACAAAUUUACUGCAUUUGUUAUCAAGUUUGUUCUAAUAGACCCAAUGAAAUUAG